UACGGGCAGGGACCAGCGGGGGCUGCGGGCGGGGCGCGUCCAAAACGCCACCAAAACCCGCCAUGGAUUCCCUCCUCUUCCUCUGCGCCCGCCGCGUCGUCACCCAGCGCCCUCUCCCCGCCCUCCCCGCCGAUCUCCAGCCCGUCCUCUUCCAAGCGGCGUUCCUGGACGGGAGGCCCCUGGUCCUGCGCGAUUUGGUGGCCGCGUGGCCUUUCCCGGUGCUCAACUUCCAGCGCCUCGUGGGGCGCCAGGAGCUGCUCCGCGAUCACCCCUGCAAGCUCUGCGUCCAGGCCGUCAUCCUGGCCGUGGUGGCGCAGCUCCAGCGGCAGCUGGAGGAGCCCGGCCACCAUUCCAGCCUACGCAUUCUGGACAUGACUGGGAUUCCGGAUUCGACGUCCGGCCGCGCUCCGGAUGGGAUGAGUGUCUGGUCCAGCACGGUGGCUUUGGCCAAGGCUUGCGUGGAGGUGUCCAAGCAACAGCGGGAAUUGCAGAGGCGCGGAUCCAAGCGGCACAAAGGCCGCUCCGGAGCCGCCGUUGCCGCGGCCGCUCCGCGGCCCCCGGGCGUGGAGGUCCACGCCGACCUGUUCGUCAACGGAACGUCCUACGGGAUCCUGCGCGAUGCCCUCCAGACCGGAGCCGCCAGCCCGCUGCGCCUCAAGUGCCGCGAAUUCCAAGCGGAGGAGCUCUCGGCCUCCGGGAUAGUGGCUUUGUUGGAAUCCUUGGAUCCGUCCUUCGUGCGGAGGGUGGAUCUGCGCUUCAACAACUUGGGAUUGGCCGGGCUCUCGGUGAUCCUGCCGCACCUCUCGCGCUUCCCGGAGCUGCGUAGCCUCAAGCUCCAGUACAGCAACGUGGACGUGCGGCGCCCGACGCCGGAAUCGGCCAUCGGAAUCCGGUGCCUGGCCGGGCAGCUGGGAAUGCUGCCCAGCCUCCGCGAGCUCAACCUGGGAUCCUCCCGGCUCUCCGGGAAUCUGCGCCAGAUCCUCUGCGACCUCCAGGCUCCGUUGGAAAGCUUGGAAUUGGCCUUCUGCUCCCUCGUUCCCGCCGACCUCGCCUUCCUCUCCCAAAGCUUCCACGCUCCGGCCCUCAAAAGGUUGGAUCUGAGCGGCCACGACUUCUCCCAAGGCCUCCUGGAGCCGCUGCGGCUGCUCCUGGAGGAAACCUCGGCCUCGCUGCUGCACCUGGAUCUCAUGGAAUGCCGCAUGGCCGACUCCCACCUGGACGCGCUGCUGCCGACGCUGCGGCGCUGCUCCCGCCUGCGCUUCCUGGGACUCUACGGCAAUUCCCUGUCCACGGCCGCGCUCAAGGAUCUGCUCCAGAAAACCUUGGAGCUGCCCGAUCUCCACCUGGUCGUGUAUCCCUUCCCCGUGGAUUGCUACAAGCCGGAGCCGCCGUCGGAAUCCGGUUGGAAUUUUGAGGAACCCGUGGACGAGGAACUUUUGGUGGCGACCACCGCCGAGUUCUCCCAAAUGUUGGCCGAUUCCGGGAGAACCGACCUCGUCUGGACUUCCAACCCCUACGGCCACGGGACCCUGGACUACUUCUCCUUGUGAUUUGGGAAAAGCUCGGAGGCUCCGGCGCGGAAAAGCGCUGCCGCGUCCUUCCCAAAAACGUGGAGUUUUUUUCCCUUUAUUUCGGUGUUUUCUGCCUGGUUUUUAUAUUUUUCCAGCUCAUCCCAGUGUUUUCUGUCUUAUUUUAGGAUUUUUCCAUCCCAUCCCGAUGUUUUCUCCCUCAUCCCAAUAUUUUUCCACCCCGUUUUGGUGUCUUCCCACCCCAACCCCAAAGUUUUUCCCAGAUCUUUUAUUGUUCAGAGGGAAAAAAAUUCCCUGGAAUUUGCUUCAUUCUCAUGGGACAUGAAUUAAUUGUUAAAUAAAUAUUAAUUAUUCAUCGGUUA